CUUUUUUUUGCAGCAUAAGAGUUUUUGGUAUUUUACGGAUGUAAAAGUGAAUUUGAAUGGAAACAAGGAACGACAAUAUCAAAAAAACGUAGCUCACUAGCAAGUCUUCUCGUACGCAUUUUUGUUUUAAGGACGGAAGGAUGCACGUGGAUAUGAAAUCAAAGCUGCUCAAAAUCUCUUCACUCUUUCCUGGUACAAUUGCGUUUUUAUUUCCAGCAGUGCUUCCAAUUGUUCAUAUUUUUGUACUGUGGUAUUUUUGGCAGGCUUAUGCAAGAUUUGUGGACAAAAGAUUUUGUUCCUGUUCAUGUUGGGACACAGUCUUUAAAGCAACAUACGAGAGUGGCAUUGCGUCAUACAAGAAUUUUUACUUUAAUGCCACAACAAAUACACUCAAAAUAUGGUUGUUGAUAGUAAUAGGAAUCAUAUCACUUUAUGAAUGUAUCAAAUAUCUAACGAAAUUAUUCAUAUCCAGACAUCUGAGAUAUUCCAUGGCAUUUUUAUUCUGUCUAUCAAUUUUCUCCCAUUAUUAUGCAUGGUGGGCAUAUCUCAAUUACCUUAACGAUGACUUUUAUUCACAGUGGAAUCAUCAGACAUUCUUUACCUUGACUGAAUUAUUUUCGACAGCAUUUGUGCUUCAUUUAUGUGAUAAGGAGAAUACAGUUACGUCACGUAAAACAUUAUGUAUUAUAGGCAUAGCUUUAUUACACAUUACUGCAGCCAGUGCAGAUCAAUUCAUACAGAAUGUCUUUUUUGGUGAAGGCUAUUUGCAUCAGAUAGUAAGGGAUAUAGGAUUCAUGAUACCGGAUCUUUUUCAUCUGGUUAUUCCAAUUGUGGUAUUAAGGCGUGAAGCUCUCAUCAAUCGUCCAUUACAUCGAGACAAGACCAUACGAAAAGAUAUAUGCUUAAUGAUUCUCGCAAUUAUCAUUUUAUUCAUUAUAUGUUCAUUUCUAUAAACUUCCA